CUCUCGCGCACUUUCUUCUCAGUACUGUCUGUGUACAUUCGCUCAGCUGUUCUCUGGUCCGAAGCAAUCGCGGUUCGUCCGAUUGCACAAAUUUUCGAAGCUUUGGAGUUUAUUUUUAGUAUCAGUGCCAUGUCGUUUUGACCUCGUUCGCCAGUCACCACGGUUAUCAGAAAUUUGACAUUAAUACGGGAUCGAUGCGCACCGCAAAUUGACGUUUAACUUCGGUUGCAACGCUUAAAAACCAAUCAUGAAGAAAACACGCUCAAACAUAUUUCGUGACAUUUAUUACCAGCCGUACAAUGAUUAUACCAGAUUGAAGCUUUACUCCAGCAGUAAAGCAAGCCUUCAAAUGAUGCAACGUAUGGCAUUAUUGAAACGAUUAAAAGUUCAUAAUGGUUGUGUAAACUCUGUGUGUUGGAAUUCUACUGGAGAACUGAUAUUGUCUGGCAGCGAUGACCAGCAUCUUGUUCUUACAAAUGCUUAUAAUUAUGAGGUAUUAACAGACUAUAAGACCAGUCAUAGAGCAAAUAUAUUUAGUGCAAAAUUUUUGCCUAAUAGUGGUGAUCAUCGGAUAGUUUCUUGUAGUGGUGAUGGCAUUAUUUUGUAUACAGAUUUAUUAAGAAGAACGAAAACGUUUAAUAAUCAAUUUAAUUGCCAUGUCGGUACUACGUACGAAAUAGCGACAAUACCCGGUGAACCGCAUAAUUUUUUAAGCUGUGGGGAAGAUGGCACUGUAAGAUGGUUUGAUCUUAGAAUAAAGGACAAGUGUAAUGCCUCAAGGUGUACAGAGGAUGUGUUAGUUUCUUGUGAAAGAGCUAUAACUGCUCUGUCUGUAAAUCUUGCUUCACCUCAUCAAAUAGCAAUAGGUUGUUCUGAUAGUACUGUUAGAAUACUUGAUAGGAGAACACUUGGAACUCCAGCUACUGGGUGGACAGAUACACCUGGAGCGGUAAAGGCCUUAUGCACUUUCACAGUGCCGGAAUUCGAAGGGAAUUCUUAUAGAAUAACAUCUUUGAAUUACAGCCCAGAUGGGCAGGAUGUUCUUGUUAGUUAUAGCAGCGACCAUCUAUAUCUGUUUAAUAUAAAGGACCAAGCUAGUGUACAGUUAAAGAAAGACGUCGCAGUUAGAAAAGGUGAAAGUAAGAAGCAAAGGUUGCGCUCGCCAUUACCAGUGCGUAGAUUAAGACUUCGAGGAGAUUGGUCCGAUACCGGUCCUGAUGCUCGGCCUGAAUGCGAGGGCGGUCGACGUAGUGGUACAGAAAUUGCUCAAGCCAGACCUGUUCUUCAAACUUCAUUGAUGCAAAGAAUGACGGAUGUUCUCAGUAGGAUGUUGAAUGAUCCAGCUACUAGAGCCGCAUUAUGUGGCGGCGGCGAAGAUAGUUUAGAAAGCGUCAUCGACCAACAAGAGAACACUCAAAAUACCAACGAAAACGUUACGGAGUCAAAUGAAGAGAGACAAGACAACGAAACUGAAAGAGCCUUGACUCAGGCUAAUCAAGAAAGAGCUGUUCCAGAAAAACAGAUUAACGGUUUAGAAAGUCCAGGUACUAGCGGUACACAAAGUAAACCUGGAACGAGUUAUUCUGCAGAAACAAAAGAAGAAAUGUCCAGUGAAACCAUGCCUUCGAAUCAAAUGACCGACGAGAGUUCGUCGUCGGUCGAACCCAAAUCACAUGUUCCUAUGGAAACUGAAUCUAGUCAAGUAGAAACGGAACAGUGUUCUGUUCAACCGUGUUCAUCGCGUACUAUCGAUAGGACUAAUGAUCUGCCGGAAGAUGAUCAAAGUAGCAAUGAUGAUUCUCCUUGUAACAGCAUGGAGACUAAACAAGAAGGUCAUAUGAUGGAAAAUCUUCAAGAUAGACUGACGAAAAUGAGAGUCGGAUUCCUUGAAAAGCAUGGUAGUGAACCCGCUGUAAGUUUAACUUAUACGGAUAAAAGUUCAACAAGUGCAACGAUAUCUCUUGGUGUAGCCGAUGAGAUGAUCCGUGAUGGUUAUCAUGCGGAUUAGGAAGUUCAGCAGAAACAGAAAUGGAAGAGGCUAUGGGAGACGUUCGAACGCGCCGAGGAUCAGUGAAUUUCGAUAAAACAUGCGCAACAGAGCUUCGUGUCAAGCAGAAAUACAUGGGACACCGUAACGCUAGGACUAUGAUAAAAGAAGCAAACUUUUGGGGCAACGAUUUCGUCAUGUCGGGUAGCGAUUGCGGUCACGUGUUCGUGUGGGAGAAAGAUACAGCGAAAUUAUGUAUGUUACUGGAAGCAGAUCAACAUGUCGUUAACUGUUUGCAACCACAUCCGUAUUUGCCACUGCUCGCAACAGCUGGCAUUGAUUACGACGUUAAAUUAUGGGCACCGAUAAACGUGGAGUCCAGCUUUGAUGAAAAGUUUGCAGAAGAUCUGAAAAAGAGGAACGCAGUCAUGUUGGAAGAGACGAAAGACACAAUGACUGUACCGGCUGUGUUUAUGAUCAGAAUGCUGGCAUGUCUGAAUCAGAUACGCAGAGGUAGUGAAAACUUAUAAUACUUUCCAAGAUAUUUUCCGAUAGUACACUACAUUAGUAUGACCAACGUAAUUAAGAGUAAAAUACUGAAGAAAUUCGGCUGCUUUUCCCGUUUAACGUGCAGGUAUCGGAGUAAAUAACGAUGUACAGAGUUUUUAUCUAACAGCUUCUUUUUAUUCACAUUUGUGAACUUGUCCAUAGUUUUUGUAAUUCCACCAUUACCAUGAAUUUUCAUCAUACCCUAUUCUGUUUUUUUUUAUAUAUAUAUAUUUUU